AUGGCCACUCAAACGAAUAAUCUAAACACAUCCAGCACGAGUUACGGAAUCAUUCGAAAGCCUUACCGUGCCUUUAAGCGGUUAUUUAUCAAGCCUUCCAGUGUUGAUGGAAGCCCGGUCCCUCGUCCAAAACAAGAAAAGAGAUUCUUUUUUAAAAAGAAACACCACCCGCCUAUCACUCCAGUCGUCACUCCAGUCGUCACUCCAGUUGUCAGUCCACCUUUGACUUUGCCUAUAACCACGCCUAUUGCACCUCCUAAGACUGCAGCUGAGCAUGCGGCCGAGACCGACGCCGUCGGAAUUAUCGAAACCUUCACACCAAACGGAACACAAACAACCGUGUCACGCGUUCUAUCAACCUCUCCAGAGUACCAACAAGUGGUCUCUUCAUUUAACAUCCCUCACGCCAAAAUAAUGGCUAUAUUCGCAAUCGAAAUGCCGUCCAAAAUAAAGGACGACCAUUCGAAAUUCAAAGAAACCGAAGCUGAGAAAAACAAAUCUACGCCCGAUACGAUUACUAGGAAGCUGUUCCAUGGAACCAAGUCAGUAUGUAAUCCUCAGAACUUGAUCGAAAAAGGGGAAGUAUGCGCGAGUAGUGGGUGCGGAUUGUGCGGAAUACUUAAAGGAGGGAAUAAGACCUCUUCUUCGAGAUGUAGCG